AAUCAAUCUAGUCCUCAUUUCUUUGCCCUCCAUAAUUUUCUCUCCCACUAUCUAUUUUUUCUUUGUGCUUGCUAAGAGAUCUUCAAAGUUUUUUUUAGGUUGUAUUUUUCAUUUGUGUCCCUUCCUCUUUUGGUUAGAUUUUGCUAUCCUCUCUAAUUUCUAUUUUAAGAAACUGCGCAAAGUUUCCAUCUCUAUCUGAUUGUUGUGUCAGUUUUUUUUUUUUUUUUUCACAUCAAAAAAUUUUCGGAGAAAUCCAUCAAUAUUUUCCUUUUCUGGGUAUUUUUUUCCUGGAAAAUUUACUUUCUUUUUGUGGUAAAAAAAAAUGGUUAGGGGAAAAACUCAGAUGAAGCGUAUAGAAAAUGCCGCGAGCAGGCAAGUAACUUUCUCAAAGAGAAGAAACGGACUGCUGAAGAAAGCUUUUGAGUUAUCGGUUCUUUGUGAUGCUGAAGUUGCACUUAUAAUUUUCUCUCCAAGAGGAAAGCUCUAUGAGUUUUCAAGCUCUAGUAUGAACAAGAUAAUUGAGCGCUAUCAAAGAAGAGGAAAGGAUUUAGGACUUAGCAACAAAUCAGGUCCAGAAGAUAAGCAGGUUGCGAAGGAAGACACCUUUAGCAUGGCAAAGAGAAUUGAGUUUCUUGAAGCCUCUAAACGGAAGCUAAUGGGGGAUGGUUUGGAUUCAUGUCCUAUUGACGAGCUUCAACAAAUAGAAAACCAAUUGGAGCGAAGCUUAGGCAAAAUCAGGGCAAGGAAGAAUCAAUUGUUACGCGAGCAGAUUGAGCAGCUGAAAGAAAAGGAGAGACGCCUUCUUGAGCUCAAUACCGAGCUUCGAGAGAAGUGUGGCAUGCAACAACUUCUCCCAUCGACUAAGAACAGAAAGGAAGCUGCAGGCAACAGAGAAAUUGAGGAAGUGGAGACAGAUUUGUUCAUAGGGCCCCCCGAAACGAGAAUUGCCCAAAAUCCAUAGAGAUCUUAUCAAUAUUAUUGGUCAUAACAUAAAAACUCUACUGGUGCAAAAAAUCUUCUGCAUAUAUGCAUCGACUACUGCUAGCUACUUCCAUGGUUCUUGAUGUGGUCAUGGAUAUUUCGAUAAUUUGCGGUUCAUUGUUAACACUGAAUCCCAAAAUAAACCUCUUCAAAAUCAGUUCAAAUUAUUAUCUAAUUGAACCUAUAUGUAUGUAACCCAAAAAAAAAAAAAAAAAUGAUCUGUUUUCUUGAGAUUUUACUUUGUUUGGAAGAGUGUAUAUGCCCGGACGCAAUGUAAAUUACUUACUGCAAAUUGUAUCUUACUACAUAUAAUGAUUGUACCA